AUGUCGCUCGCCAACGCGCAAUACAAAGUGCACGAGGUGAAACCUUUGCAAUCGAAACAGUUUAAAAAGGAUGCGGACGUCGCGAAGGAUUUGUUGGAUAGGGCGUGUUGGCAAGUGCAACCGAUCAUGAAGAAGAGGAAAUGGUCCGUGCCUGUCGUCGCGGAAAUGCCUCCCAAAAACACCGGGCCGAUUGGCGUGAACUACGCCGGGAAACGAAUCACGGUGAUGUUGAGGAAACCGACGAAAUACGGUGGCGGUAAAGACGGGAAGACGUUUUUCGAUUUAGACCACGUUAUUUUAGUAUUGUUGCACGAGUUAACCCACAUCGUUCGAGGGCCUCACGACGACGUGUUUUGGAAACUUUUGGACGAGUUGAAGGAGGAAUACGACCAGUUGAAGAAGGAAGGCAAAGGCGGCACGGGUGAAGGAUUCGACGCGAAAUCGGUUGGAAAAAUUGGCACGAGAGGUUUUGGCGGCGCAUGGGAUAAGCAAAAGCUAGGCAUUAACCCGAGAGAGAGCGCGCGGAACGCGGCGUUGAAGCGAUUGGAACAACACAAGAAGAUGAUCCCAGUCGGCGGCGUAAAAUUGGGCGGCGGUGCGGCGGUGAGACCAGACGUAGAUCCGCGAGAAGCCGCGAGAAGAGCGGCGGAGAAACGAAUGAAAGAGACGAUGGAUUUCAGUAAAAAAUUUGGUUUAGAUUUAGAGAGCGAAAUUGUCGCCAUAGAUUUGAUUAGUAGUAGUGAUAGUGAAGAAGAAAAGAAGGAGAAGAAGGGGAAGAAUGAUGGUGAGAACGUGGUCGUGAUUGAUUUGCUUAGUAGCGACGACGAGAAGGAGGAUGCGAAGGAGAACAAAAAGAACACAACGUUGGGAAAGAAGCACCCGUUAUCAGCAGGCAACGUUGUUGGCAAACGCAAGUGCUUGUGUUGUUCGUUUCCUGGAGAGUUUUGCCAAAAGAUAUAA